CUGUUGGGUUGGGUGAACUGUCAGUGUACUAAAUUGAGCUGAGCACGGCGCUAGGACCCAGCGGGCCCCUCCCCUCCAUGCAGCAGGCAGAAAUCUGCUGCUGGCCGCGAGAGGAGAUCAAAAUGAUGCUGCCUUCAAAACGGGAUUAAAACCUUUGCCAGUGGGGCCGAGGGAGGGGAGACAUGCCGUCGCAGAGCAUCCGUCGCGACGCCUGAGCCAGCCACCAUGAUGAAGACGGAACCCACGUCCAAGAGCGCCGGCUCCACGCUCAGGAGCCCGUCCCCGCAUAGGAGCGCCUACGAAGCGGGGAUGCAGGCCCUCAAGCCGGUCGCGGACAACGCCGCCAACGGCGACGUGCACGACGGCCCCCGGGGUCGCAGGUACGGUUCCAACGUGCACCGCAUCAAGAACAUGUUCCAGCAGCUGCAGACCACCACGGCCGACGUCGAGAACGAGGAGGGGGCCAAGGGAAGCGACAAAGCCGUGCGCCUCUCCCUCCCCAGGGCUGGCAGCCUGAACGAGAACGUGGACCACAGCGCCCUGCUCAAGCUCGGCUCCACCGUGUCCGAGCGCGUCAGCAAGUUCGACACCAAGCCCGAGAACGGCCACCAGCGAGCCGGGUCGCCCAGUUACUCGAAGCUCCAGGAGACCCGCCGCAUUUUCGAGCAGCAGCAGCAGGAGAAGCUGGCCACCACCAGGGUUCUGCUCAAGGCGGACAAGGCCUCGGGCUUGCAGGAGGGCAGGCUGGACAUGAUGGCCCGCUUCAACGGGAGCACCGAGUCCCUGGACAGUCUGGACGCCAGCGAGGCCGUGUCCCCCACCGUCAGCCAGCUCAGCGCCGUCUUCGAACGGGCGGCCGAGCUCCGGAACAACCUGAACCGUCUCUCGUCUGCGCCGCCGCUCCCAUCUAGGGGGGUCAGCGCCAAGGUGGGCGUGUUGAACUCCAAAGUAAUCACAAAGAGGGUCAGCGCCUUGGCCGCCGGCAACCAGGCGGAGGACUUCGGCCGUCCUCGGGACCAAGAGGCGCCUGCGAGGAGCACCCGCAGGGGGGCCGGCCCGGCCGGGAGCGUGAACGGGGGUCAGAAAGCGGACGCGGAGCUGCACGGGACCAAGACCGUGUCUGAUGCCGGCGUGGAGGCGAAGGCCGAGCAGCUGGAGGAGGCCGGCGGCGUAGCGGCAAGCUACGAAAGCGGAGAUGUCAUCUCCGCCAGGCUGAAGGCGGCGGACGAGGGCAGCCGGACGCCGGGAGACGGCGGAGGAAGCCAGGAGGACGACCAGGACGAGGACGACCGCUACGAGGCCGAGUCCAGCUGCGUCGAGAUCGCCGGGCUGCCAGUCGAGGAGGAAGCGCCCCCGUGCAGAAAGAUCCGAUUCAGCACCGAGCCCAUCAAGGUGUUCGCCACCUACCCCAACGAGGACUACGACAGGCGCAACGAAGAUGUGGACCCGAUGGCCGCGUCCGCCGAGUACGAGCUGGAGAAGCGGGUGGAGCGGCUGGAUCUGUUCCCCGUGGAGCUGGAGAAAGACGAGGACGGCCUGGGCAUCAGCAUCAUCGGCAUGGGCGCCGGAGCCGACAUGGGCCUGGAAAAGCUGGGCAUCUUCGUCAAGACCGUCACGGAGGGGGGGGCGGCGCAUCGCGACGGCAGGAUUCAGGUGAACGAUCUGAUCGUGGAGGUGGACGGGACCAGUUUGGUGGGAGUCACCCAGAACUUCGCAGCGUCCGUGCUGCGGAACACGUCAGGAACUGUCAAGUUCUUCAUCGGGCGCGAGAAGCCGGGCGAGCAGAGCGAGGUGGCGCAGCUCAUCCAGCAGACGCUGGAGCAGGAACGCUGGCAGCGCGAGAUGCUGGAACAGCGCUACAACCAGUACAUGGAAGAGCAUGAGGGUGGCGAGUACGGCACCGAUGAGGAGGAGGACGAGGACGAAGACGUUAGUCCGCAGUACACGGGCGCCAUCGAGGUGUUCGACUUGGCGGAAAACGAGGACCUGUCGCCGCUGGAGACGGACCCCGAGAAACUGGCCCAUAAAUACAAAGAGCUACAAAUAAAGCACGCAGUGACUCAGGCCGAGAUCCAGCAGCUGAAGAGGAAGCUGCACCACGCCGAGCAGGACAAGCAGCGCUGGCGCAUGGACAAGGCGCAGCUGGAGCAGACCCUGCAGGAGAACAAGGAGCGCAUGGAGAAGCUGGAGGGGUACUGGAUGGAGGCGCAGAGCCUGUGCCAGGCGGUGGACGAGCACCUGAAGGAGACGCAGGCGCAGUACCAGGCGCUGGAGCGCAAGUACAGCAAAGCGAAGCGGCUCAUCAAGGAAUACCAGCAGAAGGAAAUCGAGUACCUAAAGAAGGAGACGCAGCGAUGUGCACAAGUCGGAGCCGAGGCCUCGCUUCUCAAGGAGGAGUCGGGUCAGCUCCAAGAACAGGUGGCCGACCUGGAGUGCCGUGUGGAGGAGCUGAAAUCGGAACCAUUAUAAGAAGCCUUUGGGGGGAGAGAAAAGGAAAGAAAAAAAAAAAGAGAAAGGAAAACACAAGGAGCUGCAGGGUAUCUCUCAUUUACUCUCCACCUGGGACCCUUUUUCUUUCACACCAGGAGAGUAUGUCAUCCCUCAGUUUGUUAUUUGUGACACUUCGAGUUGUCAGUUUUUUUUUUCCCAAUUGCCAAACAAAAACAAAACUUCCUCUCUUUCUAGUUUGGUGACAUUUUCCAGCGUGUACAGAAGUGACUGUCGUAUGGUUUAACAAGAGUUUCGGAUGUGUCAAAGAUUUUAACACGUGUAAACUCUAAUUAGACACAGGCUUAUUGUUGUAAAGUCGAUGUGAGAUUGACAACUGAGGUGCUUUGCCAGGGAAUCAAAACUGGACUGAUUGUAACCAUAGCAACCACCUGCUGCCUAAAAGUGUUUGUGUAUUAUUAUUAUUAUUAUUGACACAUGUAAGAGUCAUGACUACGAGUCCAGGCCUCUGUUCAUUUAUGACUACUACCAAGAGUGGGCCAGUACCAGCAGAGGACAUUUUUAGUCUGGAACCAGCAGCUGCAGCACAACAACAAAAAAACAACACAAAAAAAUUUACACACACUGCCUGAAUUGAACGCCGCACACCUGUGUCACGCCGCCACCGCCAUCUUUGUAGAGCUCAGCUUCUAUUUUAACUUCGUAUUUAUAACACAGACCCAUGAGUGAACAAAAAUGUUAUGUAAGAAAAAAAAUAUAUCCAAAUGACUGAAAUGAAGAAAAACAGGCACAGUUGUAUUUUUCCUAAUAAUAAUAAUAAUAAUAAUAAUGAUGACAACCUAUAC